GAAACAAAAAUUGUCACUUUUCGAAUUCAAAAUAUUUAGAGAAGUGUUUCGUUUUUUAUUGCUAAACUGUUUUAUUGCUAAACAAUGUCCAAGAUCUACGUGACACGAAAAAUACCCGAACCUGGAGUAAAACUGAUGCGUGAUAAAGGAUAUCAACUGGAUUUUUGGGACUCCGACGAAGCUAUCCCACAUAAAGAACUUGUUAAGAAUUUGAAGAAAAAAUAUGACGGCUUAUAUUGUAUGCUCACAGAUACUAUUGAUAAAGCUGUGCUGGAUGCUGCAGGUAAAAAUAGUUUCCUAUAUCCAUUAAAAAUUCUUUUUGGUCUAGUAUUUUAAUAUCUUUGUUAAUAUCUCCAAGUGAACUUUAAACGAGAAAACGCCCUCUGAUCAGAAUGCAUUCCAGCCGUAAUGAUCCAUAAAUGGCAAGACUACCGUUUUGGUACUUUCUCCACACCUUGCCGAAUUUGGUUCUUCACAACACCAUGUUCUAAUGAUAUUUUGCCGAAAUUUUCGAAGUGAGCCGAAAUUCCAAUUCUCUCUCUCUCUCUCACACACAUACAUAGACGCAUAUAUACAUAUAGGAAAUAGUGGCACAAGGCACCAAUGUUUGCUGGAAAUAGCAGUCGAUAACCUUACGACACUAUGACUUGUCGCAUUCAAAAUAUAUGGGGAAGGGUUUCGCCUUUAUUGCUAAACAGUUCAAAGUCCAAUAUGAAGAUCUACGCGACACGAAAAGUACCCGAGCCUGGGGCGAAACUAAUGCGUGAUAAAGGAUAUGAAUUGCAUUUUUGGGACUCCGACGAAGUUAUCCCACGUAAAGAACUUGUUAAGAAUAUGAAGAAAAAAUAUGACGGCUUAUAUUGUAUGCUCACAGAUACUAUUGAUAAAGCUGUGCUGGAUGCUGCAGGAUCGCAACUGAAGGCUGUGUGCACUAUGUCAGUCGGCUAUGAACAUCUUGAUUUGGAAGAAAUUAAAAAGCGAAACAUUGUUGCAGCAAACUGCAGCACAGUUUCCAGUGAUUGUGUCUCAGAGUUCGCUCUGGGGCUGAUGUUAAUUGCGGCCAGACGGAUGAUUGAAGGUUACGAAGCCGUGAAGAAGAAGGAGUGGGGACCGUGGAAACCGAUGUGGCUUCUGGGAUUCGAACUGAUUGGUAAAACAGUUGGUAUUGUGGGUCUGGGCCGAAUUGGUUUCGGCAUCGCUCAACGCGUGAACGCAUUCAAGAUCGGCAAGCUAAUAUACUUUGAUGUGAAACGCUGCACUUACGACAAAGAUGUCAACGCAGAGUUUGUAACGUUUGAUAAAUUGUUGGCUGAGAGCGACAUGAUCUGUAUUGCGUGCAACCUGACAAACGAAACGAAAGGCAUGUUUAAUACGUCCGCCUUCUCCAAGAUGAAACCAUCAGCAUGUCUGAUCAACGUGAGUCGAGGUGGCAUCAUCAACCAUGACGACUUAAGGAAGGCACUCAACGACGAAGUAAUUAGAUGCGCUGCUAUUGACGUUACCGAGCCGGAUCCGCUUCCAUCGGAUCACCCACUCCACAACACCAAGAACUUAAUCAUCACACCUCACAUAGCGAGUAGUACUUGGGAAGCUCGUAAUGCCAUGUCAGAAGUAGCUGCCAACAACAUGAUCGCUAUACUCUCAGGAAAAGAUCCAGCAGGAAAACUAUAGUUUAAAUAGUGUA